CUUCAAUCAAUUAUUAGAGGUUAUAUUGGUGUCGAUACCAAAUAUUUACCUAACACAGCGAUGAGUGUAUUUUUUCCUAAACGCUGUUACGUAUAGUAGGUAGAGGGGUAGAGGUCACGUCCUGCACUGAAAAACACGGAACAUCCCCCCUGAAAGCUCCUGACAAUGCUGAAGCCUCGACUUUUCGCACAUGUUAAGCCCCAAUUGAGAUGCAAGUCCCACUUGGAAGCCCUACGCGAAAAAAUCGCCAAUGGGCCCAACUUGCAGGAUUUCAUCAACGACCCCCUGCCAGCAGAAGAGACCAACUCUUGGCAGGAGUACGAGGGCAAGUUGAAGAGGGAAAAGGGCGAGGAGCAACGCUUAAGGCUGCCCCCAUGGCUGAAACGAACCAUCCCCAUGGGGAAGAACUACAUGAAAAUCAAAGAGCAACUGCGAGGCCUCAAUCUGCACACUGUGUGCGAAGAGGCCAGAUGCCCGAAUAUUGGGGAAUGUUGGGGCGGAGGUGAGCAUGGGACUCAAACCGCCACUAUCAUGCUGCUGGGCGACACUUGCACGAGAGGCUGCAGAUUCUGUUCAGUUAAAACAGCCAGGGCUCCGCCCCCACCGGACCCCAAUGAGCCAAUCAACACGGCCAAAGCCAUCGCGUCGUGGGGCCUGGACUACAUCGUCCUCACGUCUGUUGACCGAGAUGACUUGCCUGAUGGGGGCUCCGCCCACUUUGCUGAAACGGUUAGGGAGAUUAAAAAUAGGAAUUCGAAUAUCCUAGUGGAGUGCUUGGUGCCGGACUUUCGGGGCGAUUUGAAGCAAGUUAAGAACAUUGUGGACAGCGGUCUGGAUGUGUACGCGCACAACAUAGAAACAGUGGAAAAACUCACUCCUUUCGUCCGGGACCGAAGGGCCAAAUACAGACAGUCCCUUUACACCCUGAAAAACGUGAAGCAAAUGAAUCCAGAGCUGAUCACCAAGUCGUCGAUCAUGCUGGGACUGGGGGAAACUGAUGAAGAAGUGGAGGCCACCUUGAGAGACCUGCGGCAGGCUGGAGUGGACUGCGUCACUCUCGGCCAGUACAUGCAGCCAACCAAACGGCAUUUGAAGGUGGUUGAAUAUGUGACGCCCGCCAAGUAUAAGCACUGGGAAAUUAAGGGCCAGGAAAUGGGUUUUCUUUAUGUAGCAAGCGGCCCAUUGGUCCGCAGUUCGUAUAAGGCUGGCGAGUUCUUCAUCACAAGCAUUUUGAAGCACAGAAAAUCCGAGAAGCUGUAGAUGAGGAUUGAUUAAAAAGUUCACGCUCA